UGUACUGUGCGCCAUUUUGGAAGAAAAAAAAAAAAUCUCGGAUAAUUUCCGUGGUCUUGACAGAUCUGGACCCGAGUCUUCACACUGAUUGUGGAUGCUAUCUAUUCCCCCCCGAGCAAGCCGCAUUGGUUGAGCAGGUGUUGGAAGCCGUGUACAGCAAGAGCUGCUACAUGAAGCAAUGGCGGGAGUUGCAGGUGGAAAUGAUUUUCAGUGGUGUUUCUCUCAAGUGAAAGGAGCGAUAGAUGAAGAUGUUGCGGAAGCUGACAUAAUCUCAACGGUUGAGUUCAACUAUUCUGGAGAUUUGCUUGCGACUGGAGAUAAAGGAGGCAGAGUAGUGAUAUUUCAACAUGAACAGGAGUCUAAGAAUCGUCCACAGCUGCGUGGGGAGUACAACGUCUAUAGCACUUUUCAGAGUCACGAGCCAGAAUUUGACUAUUUGAAAAGUUUAGAAAUUGAGGAAAAAAUUAAUAAAAUAAGAUGGCUACCCCAACAAAAUGCUGCUCACUUUCUACUUUCGACAAAUGAUAAAACUAUCAAAUUGUGGAAAAUAAGUGAAAGAGAUAAAAGAGCAGAAGGUUACAACCUGAAAGAUGAAGAUGGACGACUCCGAGACCCCUUUAGAAUCACCUCUUUACGGGUACCAGUACUGAUGCCAAUGGAUCUCAUGGUAGAAGCAAGCCCACGGAGGAUCUUUGCAAAUGCGCACACCUAUCACAUUAAUUCCAUUUCUGUAAAUAGUGAUCAUGAAACGUACCUCUCCGCUGAUGACCUAAGAAUAAAUCUAUGGCACUUGGAAAUCACAGACAGAAGUUUUAAUAUUGUAGACAUCAAGCCCGCCAACAUGGAGGAACUGACAGAAGUAAUCACAGCUGCUGAGUGCCAUCCACUCCAAUGCAAUGUAUUUGUGUACAGCAGUAGCAAAGGCACCAUCCGCCUGUGUGACAUGCGAGCAGCGGCACUCUGCGAUCGGCACUCAAAGUUCUUUGAGGAGCCAGAGGAUCCAAGCAGCCGAUCUUUUUUCUCUGAGAUCAUCUCCUCCAUCUCAGACGUGAAGUUCAGUCACAGCGGACGCUAUAUGAUGACACGUGACUACCUCUCCGUCAAAGUUUGGGACCUCAACAUGGAGAACAGGCCAGUGGAGACGUAUCAGGUCCAUGAAUACCUCCGCAGUAAACUGUGCUCCUUGUAUGAAAAUGACUGCAUCUUUGACAAGUUUGAGUGCUGCUGGAAUGGCAGUGACAGUGCCAUCAUGACCGGAUCCUACAACAACUUCUUCCGAAUGUUUGACCGCAACACCAGGCGGGACAUCACACUGGAGGCGUCCCGGGAGAGCAGCAAACCACGGGCUACGCUCAAGCCGCGCAAAGUGUCCACUGGUGGCAAGAGGAAGAAGGACGAGAUCAGCGUGGACAGCCUGGACUUCAACAAGAAGAUCCUCCACACUGCCUGGCACCCCAAAGAUAACGUGAUAGCUGUGGCAGCCACCAACAACUUGUACAUUUUCCAGGACAAAAUCAACUAGAAGAUUUGGGGCUCCAGAGGAUAGGGCUUUUACCGUACCUGUGUAGUUAAGCCUACGACUUGUCUAUCUGUAUAAGAAGAAACCGCCUCGUUGUCCUCCUGGUGAAGAAUUUCGAAAGCACGUGUCUACUUUUUUUUUGCCACAGGAGGUUGAUCCAUAGGCCUGUUUUAUUUUGAGUCUGAGCUUAGGUUGCUUUUGCCUUUGGCACCAGGGCAAUCGACAUGCCCCCCUGACCCAGAAAUCCCAAUUCGGGUCUAAUUGACGGAAUGGCACUCCCUAGAGGUCAAACUCUUGAACGUUGGUGUUUGUGUUGACAUUUUAAGCCUUCAUUUCAUGAUUUCACGACAGAACUAUUGGAAGCCCUUAAAAUGACGUCUUGUCAAAGUUGUAACAUCAUCUCAAAGAUUUUGGGCGCUCUGAAGCACGGAUUGAUGGCCAAUAAGCCUAACUGUAACAUUCCCCCAUUGGCCAUGUAUUCAGGCCAAACCACUGGUGGAAGUGGCCAUGAAUUUGGAAAGUGGACUUGUUUCUUUUCUUCCUCCCUUCCCUCCUCUUACUUUACCCCCCCCCCCUCCUCCCCCCGUCAAUACGGUGACAUAAUUUCACUGACUGUAUCUACUCAAGUACACCUUGUCAUCCACAUAAUAAAAGAAACUAAAACUA